AUGACAAAUAACAGCUCCGAUGUCCUUGCUGGAGACUCUGGACUGGGGUACACAAGCAUUUUGCCUGUAUUCAUUUGCAUUUUUGGUGUAUUUGCUCACGUCUUCCUCAUCGUUGCUUUCAUCAAGGACCCUCUGAAAUGCUUCAGAAACUCAGGAACAUAUCUCGUGGCAAAUUUGGCCAUUUCGGAUCUCCUGACCAGUCUUACCUCUCUAAUAAUUUUUUUACAGCGUGAUCUGGCAGACCCUUGGUGCUUUGAGUUUCUAACCUUGCCAACAGUGUUCGCCAGCCUUGUUAGCAUUAGCGCAUCGAUUUUAACGAUAGCGGCAAUUUCCAUCGAUCUGUUCGUAAUGACCGUGUACCCCAUAAAACAUCGUGUUUUGAUGAAAGGAAAAGUCAUCUUCGUAUGGUUAGCUUGCACUUGGCUCAUUUCCACCGGAAUUGCCGCGCCGGUUUUUUUCCCUUCUACAAUGAACGGUGUUGACCUUCCUUUGCAUAUCUUGAGAGAUUUUGCGACAGCAGUCAUUCUAUUUGCAAGCGUGAUGUAUGGGUUAACAUGCUAUAAGUUCAUGAAACAGACUAAAAACUUCGCUCUAGGUCAUAUUUCAAAUCGACAGGAACAUAUACGAGUUAUGAAAGAAAAACGCUUUUUGAGAACGAUUAGUCUUAUAGCUUGUAUUCAAAUCGUUUGUGUCGUGCCUUCGGCAAUAUUUUCUAAUUCUCGAACACUAGAAGCUUCCCCCACAAUUGAUCAAUCUUCUCUGAUUCCUAUCAACAUUUUUGCUACAUUAUUUCACGCCAAUUUUGCCGUGAAUCCUGUGGUGUACGUAUUGCGUUUACCGAAUUAUCGUAAAACGUUUUAUUUACUGUAUUCUUGUAAGGCUGGACAGCGGUAG